AAGAUAUUUGCGCCAAAUUUAGAGCAGAUGCAUGCUGUAGAUCAUUUGAAAGGCAAUCCAAAUGAAGAAAAGAGAAAUGUUUUAGUUGAGAGUGCCAGGCUUGCACGAGGGAACAUCCAGGAUUUGGCAGAAUUGAAAAUUAGUGAAUUAGAUGCAAUGAUUUUUCCUGGGGGCUUUGGUGUUGCUAAGAACUUGUGUUCCUGGGCUGUGGAGGGGAAGAACUGCACUGUCAAUGGACUGGUGAAGUCUACUCUUGAGGCUUUCCACAGUGCAAAGAAGCCCGUUGGCUUGUGCUGUAUCUCCCCUGUGCUGGCAGGAAAAGUCUUUCCAGGCUGUGAAGUCACUGUUGGCCACAACAAAAAUAUAGAUGGAAGGUAA